UGAAUAUUAAAAGGAGUGAAAGGUCGGGGUUGGAAUGGAUUAUUUGCCGGAGGAGGAAAGACGAAUUGCACGAGUUUCGUAAAGUUAAUUUAUUAAAUAAUCACCGAAACGUUUGCAGAUUAGAACUUGUAUUCGUUUCUGAAAUGAUUUUUGUAUGCUAUGUUAAACACCAAGAAUCAAUUACCAUGAAAACACAAACAUUAUGAUUGUGGCUUCUGUGGAUCAAAGAAAUCAUUUAUCUGAAAAGACACCAAAUUUAAAUUUUAUCAUGAAUGAAGAAAAGAAAGAUGACAAAAUUACAGAAAAGCAGUUAUCAACUACCAAGAGAGUAUUUUUAUCAAUGACUGCAGGUGCAGUAGCUGGAGCAUUAGCUAAAACUGCAAUUGCUCCAUUAGAUCGCACAAAAAUAAAUUUUCAGAUACAAAAGAUGCAGUUUUCUUUUCGUCAAGCAACAUUAUUUUUAAUCGAUUCUUAUAAAAGCAAUGGAUUUGCUAGUCUUUGGCGUGGUAAUUCGGCUACUAUGGCUCGUAUUAUUCCAUAUGCUGCAAUUCAAUAUUCGGCACAUGAGCAGUGGAAAUGGAUAUUAAAAGUUCACACUAAUGAGGGAAGAAAAGAGAAUCCUGGAAAAACUUUUUUGGCUGGAUCAUUAGCAGGAAUAACUUCGAGUACUUUCACUUAUCCACUGGAUUUGGCUAGAGCAAGAUUAGCAGUAACUCAAAAGGAACAAUAUAACAGUCUGUUUCAAGUCUUUGUUAAAAUCUGGCAACAAGAAGGUCCAAUUCAUUUGUAUCGUGGUUAUGCACCAACAAUUAUAGGUGUUAUACCGUAUGCUGGAACUAGUUUUUUCACUUAUGAAACGUUAAAAAGAUUACAUUCAGAAUAUUCCAAUGGUGCACCACCCAAUCCUUUCUAUCGAAUGAUAUUUGGUGCCAUUGCAGGACUUCUUGGUCAGUCUAGUUCCUAUCCAUUGGAUAUAGUGAGACGACGCAUGCAAACAUCUCAAGUGACUGGAACGCCAUACCGAACAAUAUUGGGAACACUAAAAAGGAUAAUCAGAGAAGAGGGCCUAAUUGGUUUGUAUAAAGGACUCAGUUUGAAUUGGGUUAAAGGUCCAAUAGCAGUUGGCAUUAGUUUCACUACUUUUGAUCUCCUCCUCAAUUUAUUUAAACAAUUAGUAUAAGUAAUGUUUAUUCUAUUUACAAAUAAUGCAAUAAGUAUGUGUAAAUAACCAAUCAAACACUGUACAUAGAAAAUUAUAUAUUGUUUUGAAGUAAAAAUAUGUAUAGAAAGUAUUUUAAUAACUAAAUUGUUAUUGUAAAAAUGUACAAAAAAUAUUUGUUUAUUAUUAACUCAAAACACUGCCAAAAUUAGAUUAUGGUUAUAUUUUAUCCAAAGUAAUAUUUUACUUUGGUAAUAGUUUUACAAUACUAUUUUUGUAAAUAGCAAUUUAAUAAUGUUUGCAAUGUUAAUUUAACAUGUGAUCUUUGAUUAUUAAAAACAAUACAAAAGAGUAAAAUCAUUUUUGAAGUUUUAUUUCUGAUUCUUAGCAAAGCAAUGUACAUAACAGACAACUGUACACAUUUUUUAAUAUAUGGCAGGAAUAACACAUUGCAAUUCAAGGAAAUUGCUAUAUAAAGAUGCAGUUUUGUUUCUUACUACUGAAAAAACAAAAUA